AAGAAAAGCAGGGGCAAGACAAUUAAAUUUGAGUGGUAAUCAAUAUUAUACCACAAAUUCUGUCGAUUGAGCUUACCUUGUAUUGAAUGGAACAUUCCUUUAAGUCUGAUUAGUGAACUACUUUAUAUCCCUGCACACUCAUGAAUACAUGCUUUGCAUCUAAAGAUUUCACUGAAGUAAUUAUUUGCUCCAAUACUGUGGCUGAAUGAAGACUGUAGACAUGAAUUAUUGGAGUAAUUGGAGAUCAGCAUUCCACUGGCUGCCCAGUAUGGGUACAGCAGAUAAAGAGGGGGGGAGCCAGCAAGAAACCGAACACCUUCCGCCCUCUAGCACAUGCACACAUAUUUCCAGUUGCAAAGCAACACAGUUUCCAAGGCCCCAUUGCCCUGUUCAAGCACAGGGGCAGAACAAAUAUCCUCUAACUGUGCCUCGAGAGAGAUUGAAAAUUCACAUGUUAAAAGUAGGCAAAGAGAACAGCACAGACACAUGAAGACUGAGAACAUAGACAGAAUUCAUACAAACUCUAGUGUCAUUUCAGCUCAGUGUCAUUAACAGGGAGGUUUGCUGUACUAACUUUCUUAGUUUUCUAGUGAGUGUAGGGUCAGUGGGGGCACACGAUCAUGUCUCUUCCACUGGAUAUAUGCUCUAACAAUGGAGACACCUCGCUGGGCACUCUGGAGAAACAACUCAUCUGCCCCAUCUGUGAGGAGGUCUUCACGAAACCAGUUGUCAUUCUGCCCUGCCUGCACAACCUUUGCCGCAAGUGUGCAAAUGAACUGUACCAGCCAUCUCUCUUCCAGAUUGGAGUUGGAGGACGCUUUCGCUGCCCUACCUGUCGGCGUGAAGUUGCCUUGGACCGUCAUGGAGUUUAUGGACUGCAGCGCAAUUUACUUGUGGAGAACAUUAUUGAUGCUUACAAACAAGAUUCUGCAAGGCCCCCACCAAAGCCUCUUGCACAGCUUACCUGUGAGGAGCAUGAUGAUGAGAAGCUCAAUAUUUAUUGCAUCACAUGUCAGGUGCCCACCUGCUCGCUGUGUAAGGUGUUUGGGGCACACAAGUCCUGCCAAGUAACUCCCCUACCUGACAUCUACCAGCAGCAGAAGGCUGAACUCAGUGACAGAGUCGCUUCCUUGGUUUCCACAAAUGACCGUGUCCAAGCUUUUGUCAAUGAACUAGAGGCAAUGUGUAGGAAUAUAGAGGAGAAUAGCAGGAUCCAGAAGCAGAUUCUGUGUGAGAAGUUUGAUCGCAUGAGUGCCAUUCUGGAGGAACGUCGAAAGAUCAUGACCCAGCAAAUUACUUCUGAGCAGGAAGAAAAGACUGGCUGGGCCCAAUCUUUAGUGCAGUCCUAUAGUGGGCAUGUAGAAACAAACUCAAAGUUAGGACAGGCUGCCAUGAAUGCAAUGGAAGAGUCAGAGAUGGCUGCUUUUGUACAGACCUCAAAAGAUCUUAUUGAGAAGGUUGGUAAAGCAUCUAGUUGCUUCACUCUGGAGACCAUAGAGCCUGGCUUUGAGGAGAUGGAUCAUUACAAGGUGAAUUUUGAUGCAGAGGAAAGAGUGCUCUUCCAGCUGGAUUUCAUGAACAUUGAACAGGAAGUGGAGGACACACCUGAUGAGCCAGAGUCAGAACCGGAGCCUGAACCUGAGUUUGAACCUGAACCACUGUCUAACCCAGAACCUGACUCUGAACCAGAUCAGGAUCUCAAAUCAGAGGGCUCUGAGAUGAAGAGCCCCAUGCCAGAGACAAUGGAAGAUACUCUGGCACGAGCAAAGAGUUGUGCAGACAUCAGAACGGAGGCUGUAUGUGAGAAGAAUGGUUUAAGCACUCAGCAGACCGUCACCCUCCUCCUUUACUUCCUGUGCUUCCUGGUUAUCCUACAGCGAAUAUGGGGAAGCAUUCAGUGCAUUAUUUGUAUAUAGCGGAGAUGUUGAGGCACAGUCACCAGGUACCUGCAGCCUAAUAAUGCUGAACCAGUGUUAUUAGCAUCCAACUUUGUAUUUCUGUACUGAUUCUGCACUUUACCAAUCCAUCUUUCAUUUCCUUUAUUCCUUGAUAGUAACAUAUAGCUUCUGCAGAGCAUUUUGAGUGUAUGUGAAAUGCAGCAUUACUAAGGAUUCAUGUUGAAAUGGAUGACAAUUUAAAAUAGAUUGGAAUUGGUGACAUGUCUUUGUUUCAUGCAUGAGAAUCUAUCCCACGAAAGCUUGAAAAGAGCUUGAAAGAAAGAAAGAAUGGAAGAGAAAGAAAGAAAGAAAGAGAAAAAAGAAAGAAAGAAAGAAAGAAAGAUGUUUCACCCAUGUAAACCCCCCACACCAACAGAGAAGCAAAUUUGGCCAGAGCUCCAUUAUUAAGGUUUUAUUUAGGAAUGUCUCUGUCCUUAUAAUGAUGAGUCUACCAAAUUUCUGCAGACUGCCACACCUGUGAGCUCUGCACUGGAAGGACUGAGCCCUCCAGUGGUCACCAGUGAGCAGAUUCAUUUAAGCUUCUCCUUCUCCGGGCUCAAUGCUCUUGUCACAAAGAAGUGCUCAAAGUUCAAAGCUCUAUUAGCCAGAAUGGAGCACUGUGGACUAUCUUCUCGAUUUGGUUCUUGACGCUUCCCUGUGUUGCAGUAAUCUAUUAAAAUGAGAGGUUGUGCAAAUUGUUGUGGAAAUGCACUAAUGAAUAUGUCUACUAUUUUGAUAGCUAUAUAUGGCAGAAAUAGCUAUAUAAGGCAGAAGUAGGAUGGGUAGGAUGGUAGUAUGCCCUUCUGAACUCAUCCAUUGACUUGACACUUUCAGAUGUGGUUGUCAUUUAAGUGUAAUGAAAAUGUUUACAGUGUUGCAUUCAAUAAAAUGUUCUUCU